UUUUCACCACUUUUCACUGUGGCCUUAAAAGUGUUUAUUUUGUUCAUAGAAUAAAAAAAACGAGAUGCGACCGCACUUUGGAUAUCGCUGAUGCACAGUAUUGUGUAGCUGUACUAGUACAAACUGUCUGCCUAAUACGCUUUGAUCUUUUUCUAUAAAAAUGUAUGUCUAAUGUUAUGUGUAACUACAUGAAGGCUAACACCGGCAACAACUCCCAACUAUGUUGGAUGUGUCUUGAUACAUGCAAAGUUUACAGAAUUACUUUGGCACUAAUAUGGUAGCUGUUUGUGUUUUUUUCCAUUGGAGCGCUUGGAUGCCAAUUAACAUAAUUGCUAACGCCUUGGAGGCCCCGCCCACCUGUGGAGGUCACACUGCUCACAUGGCGUCGAGGUUUUCCCAAAAACAGAAGGAGUUUCCAGACUCCUACCUGCAGAGGGAGGCCAGCCCCUUAAGUAAGAUCCCUCAUCAAAGCGCUGCUUCGUUGGAGUACAGUGAACAUGCCGACUCCCUUCGAGAACAACUGAAAGAGAUGGAUGAGCAUGCGGUCAGACUUCAGGACAUGCUCAAGUGUGAACGCGCCAAAAGCACCCGUUUGCAGCUGAGGUGUAAUCAGCAGGAAGCGGAGCUCAAACGCAGAGAGCAGCAAAGCCACAGGAUGAAAGAGCGGCUGACUGACAGACACAAGGACAGAGGCCACUCCAUUGAGGUGUUAAACUUUCCACUGGUGGGUGGAGGCAGAAGGGCGAAGCCAAUCAAGUCACCCUGGUCUACAGCCAAGCAGGAGGAAGCAGCGCUGCGUCUGAUGCUGGAGCGCAGAGAAGCAGAGCUGCGGGAGGCCAUGAAGCUGCGGCACAGCAUCACCACCUUACUUCACGCCCUCAGGGUAGACAUGGAGCAGACCUUGUCAAACUUGCAGGAUGCCGAGGGUGAAUUGCCAGAUGACGACAAAAGGUUAACUCAAGCUGAAGCGGCGCUUGGUGAUCAUGUGACGGGAGGUGUGGUUGAAAGGUGGAAACGGGUGCAGAGGAAGCUGGCUGACCUUCGGAGUGAAGGCCACAUUGACGUUGGGACUGAUCACGACAAACUCUUGUCUCAGCUGCACACAGAACUGAAAGAGAGCCAACAAAUUGUCAGACUACAACAGCAAAUGCUGCAGGACAGUCUUAUAUCACACCUUCCCUCCGAGUUGGCCGAUUCUUACUACUUAGAAGAGUGGGAGCGUCUUCGAGUGCGUUGGGCAGAGCUUCAACAUCAGAAGCGGACUUUCAAGAGGGAGAGGCAGUCCUUCACAGAUGCCGCCAUACGCUUAAGUCGUGAACGUCUUGACUUUGAGCAUCAGAGGGCGUCUCUCUUGAAGCAGCAAUAUUUGUGUGGCUCAGCUUUGUGCACUCAGGAAGUACACGGCAACAAACAUGACGGCACGCUUCACAGGGUGGGGCCUGCUGGCUUAUCUGGAUGUGUGCCCAUUUCUCCAUCUUCCACCGAGUCCAGCCUUGAGACCUGUGAUCUCGCUUCAGGCGUCCGUCAUGGAAGAGUUGCAACACCCAGGACUCCUCAGCUCUAUGCUGCCCUCGGGCUGUCAUACCAGUGCAGGGGAGGAAACGGGCUUGUGUAGUUUUGAACAACAAACAAAAAUCUUUUCAAUUGUUCUCCUGUCUCUGGACAAAGUAAACGCAUAAGCAAUGGCUGGUUUCCAUUUCGGUGAAGUGGAUAUUAGCCAGUUGUUAGUGACAAUCGGUAGCAUCAUAACUUAUCAAUAGAGGGAGUAAGACGAAGGAA